CCACCAGGAGGUCGACCUCUUUCAAUGCAGCGACACUCCAGCUCGUGCCUCGCGGCACGGCGGCGGAUUCGGGCCGGCGAGUCCGUGUCGCGGUCCUACCUAGACGCAGGCGCGCUCAUGUGUCCAACGGCAUCGCGCAUGCAAGCGCUGCGUGCCGACUGGGGGUUCGAGUGCGGCUGCGCCCGCUGCAGUGAGCGGGUGGAGAGCUGGGAGGAGGCCGCCAGAGAGGCGGCGGUACCGCUGCUGCCGGGGGGGCUGCUGGAUCUGCAGCGGUGCGCGGAGCCCCAGGGGCUGAGCCUGGACGAGGGCUCUGUCGCCGCCGUUGGCAAGGUGGGAACCCUGCUGCUGCUGUCGCAGCUGCUGGCCCAGGCAGGAGGAGGCGCGGCAGGACUGGGCGCGGGCGGCGAGGCCUUCCGACUGCACCUCGCGGGCGGCGAAGCCUUCCGACUGCACCUGCGCUUAUCACCGCCGCCAGACUUGGAGGAGGAGGAUCGGAAUCAGGCCGCCGAGGAGGCAUUUCCGUCGGCAAAGCGGCGGCGGCGGCUGCGCGCCAAGACUGGCGUCAAAUGACGGCCGCCCGCGCCCGCGGCGG